CGGUUAACGAGUCUCGAUAACAGACAUUGUAGCUAUUGCGAUUGAGACGCUAGUAUAAAUGCCAAUAACCUACGUCUUUUAAGUUUCUCCGUUUGUGCUUCUGCUGAGUCCUGGAAUAUUUUUUUUUAAAAAAAAGGAACAAUCAUGUCUGAGGAGAAUGUGCUGUUAGAAAUUGUUAUAGGAACUUAUGAAAAGUAUUUACUUGGUUACAAAUUGGAGAUGAAUCAAGAUCAAUUUGCCUUAAGACCAAGUUUUGCAACCGAAGCCCAUUUGCUACCUGUGAAAUGUAUUGCAUCUUCUGAGAAAUAUUUAGCUUCUGGUAGUGUUGAUGAAGCAAUUCGAUUGUUUAACAUGAAGACCCGUAAAGAAAUUGGUGCACUACUUCAUCACAAUGGAACAAUAACUUGUUUAGAAUUUCAUGAUUCAUAUCUGCUGAGUUGCAGUGAAGAUCACUCGAUUUGUGUUUGGUCUACCAGUAGCUGGCAGUGCAUAAAAACACUUCUUGGUCAUGAAAGCACAGUUAACUUUCUUGCUGUUCAUCCUACAGGUAAAAUGGCUUUAUCUGUUGGGAAAGAUAAGACUUUGAGGACAUGGAAUUUAAUUAGAGGACGAUCAACAUAUGUCACAAAUAUUAAGAAAAUUGCAGAUAUUGUUCGUUGGUCACCAGAUGGUUCUUAUUUUUUAGUUUGUUCUGGUAAUACCAUUGACAUCUAUUCAGUUGAGAAUGCUACAGUUGUAUCAACAAUUGACUUUCAACAAAAGAUAUGUGAUUUUACCUUUGUAAAUGAUGAUUUGCUUGCUGUAGGAGGAGAAAGUGAACAUAUUAAUUUCUAUGACAUAAAAUCUGAAGAGAUGCGUUUUAAAUUAAAAACAAAGGCAAAUAGGAUUAAAGCUCUAAAGAGUGUGAGCGUUAGUGAUGAGACAUUUCUUGUAUCUGCAUCUAGUGAUGGUUGCAUUAAAGUAUGGCAUAUGGAUUUAAGUCAGGAUGAAAUGAAAGCUCGAAAGGUUGCUAAAGUAAAGACACAAAGUAGACCAACUUGUAUGGCAAUUGUCAUGGGAAAUUAAUUAGGUUCCCAUUGGAAAUGUUAUGUACAUAAGUUAGCUAGCUAGUUCUAGUAUGUAUGUUAGCUAGUUCUUCAAUUCAGUAGGGAGUUGAAAAUCCGUAGUUUCUAACCACAUUUUUGAUGAAGACAGACAACAAUGCAAAAGUGUCAAAAUUGAAAAUUUUAUUCUAAUGUUUUGCUUAAUGGUUCGAAAGAAAUGAAAAAGACUGAAAUCCCAUGCAACGAGCUCGCGAUCAGCAUGCUCGAUUUGCGACUUUGAAAAAUGAAUACUUUGAGCAGGGGGAAAAAAAUCCCCAUAAUCAUCAACAAUAUACUUUCAUAUAUCAUACUGCAACAAUAUACAAUAUCAAUACUUUCCUUUAAAAAAGCUUCGAUUCCAAAGGAAUGCUAAAACCAAUCGGAAAACAUUGAUAGCAAUGUUGUUAAAAGAAGGGAUUUGAAAAACCGGAUCACCGAUAUGACAGAUGUCUGAAUCUUCAUGGUAAUUAUAUCGAAUAACAAUAUAUGUGUGCAAAUUGUAGCGAUAAAGUCCUCACUAUUCAUGACUUUUUUGCAACCCUUCGGAGACUGAAAAAAGAUUCAAAAUCUGCAACGUAAAAUGUGUUCUGUCAUAGUAUUCGAUAAUAUUAUAUAUUUACAAGCAAUAUAGCAAUUAAAAUCCACCUAGUAAAAAAAAUAGAAAUUUUUGCCUUUUUUUCAUGAAAAUUACAAUUUAUUGAGGCAGAAAAAAAUGAGGGAAAUCGUAAACUAUCACGCUUACAAAUUUCAUUUUUAUCAAAUUUGUUGAGAUUUUAUGCCAUAUGGUGAAAAUUCAUUCUUCAUCAGCACUGUUUUCAUUGUUAUUUAAGAUUUCCUUAGAACAUCCUUAGAUUUCCUUAGAAAAUCCCCAUAGUUAUCAACAAUUCGUAAAGGAAAUACUAGAAGUAUUAGAAAUCACCGAAUGUGUUUUUUUUUUAAAUCAUAAAAUGUGUCCUUAUUUUAAUGAAUGUAUAAAUGGAAUGACUUUUACUAUAUAUAUGUAAAUAAUCGUUGUAAAAACUUAUUUAAAUUAAAAUUUUCCUUCUUACAUUUGUUACUAUGUUGUUCAAUCCCCUGCAUGGAACCAUAAAUGGAGAAUUAAGAUUAAAAACCAUUCCAUCUCUUAAGUGAAAUUCUGAAUUAUAUUAAAAAUUAAAUUUACCUUAAUAAUUAGGAAGUUGUAAAAAGUCUAAACUGUUUGUACUGUAAAAUAAUAAUUCAUUGUAUCUUGUAAAUAAACAUUUUCCAUCAGAAA